UCUUUCUUCUCUCCGUCUUUCCGUUUUCUCCUCUUCUGCUUCUUCUUCUCCUUCUUCUUCUUCUGCCAAGGCUCUGUGGCCGGAACUCGAACUCUCGCACUCCAAGCCCUAAUUUUCCUCUCUCGUUGGAGUGGCCAGUGUCGCCGAGUCGCUAGUCGAGUUUGACUCGGCGCGUUCUUUAAGAUGACCUCGGUAACUUCUCCUCCUCCCUCCUCUUGGUGCUGCUGAUCGCUGAGGAAGACGGUUCAGUCGCGAAACCCUCGCCAGAGCCUCCAAUGUCGGCCUGCAUUGUUUUGCCGCAGUGACCUCGAACGCCGAAUGCUCUUGAUUGACGAGCUCCGACCCGGUUUUGGCCAUGUCUAGGCGUCACGGCUGGGAACUCCCCGCUCAUCCCUUCCAGGUGGUGGCCAUAACACUGUUUUUCUUGCUAUCUGUGGCAUUUUAUGCCUUCUUUGCUCCCUUUCUUGGGAAAGACAUAUACGAAUAUGUCGCACUUGGUGUUUAUUCGUUGUUGGCGCUCUCCGUAUUUAUACUGUACGUCCGGUGCACUGCCAUCAAUCCUGCUGAUCCUGGGAUUUCGGUUGAAGUUGACAGAACUUCAGCAUACAAAUCGCAUACAGGAACUGAUUUAGGUGGAAAUACUGAUUCAAUGGAAGAGCCUGGCAAAGCAGGUCAGAGGAACGGAGAAAAAUCUGAUAGUCAUAAUGCAUGUUGCCGUUUGAUAUUGGGGGGAUUUUUCUGUGGCUUCCUUGUCAAGGAAGAUUGCCGCAAGGAUGAAGAUCAUUUGGAGGAACAAACUGGAGAUGAGGAUGCUCUAUUUUGCACUUUAUGCAAUGCUGAGGUACACAAGUUUAGCAAACACUGCAGAAGCUGUGCCAAAUGUGUUGAUGGAUUUGAUCAUCACUGUCGAUGGUUGAAUAAUUGUGUGGGAAGGAAAAAUUAUGUCACCUUUGUGUGUCUCAUGGCUGUAAGCCUUAUUUGGCUUGUCGUUGAAUUUGGGGUGGGAGUUGCUGUCCUCGUCCGGUGCUUUGUUGAUAAAAGGGGCACUGAAGAUCAGAUAAUUCACAAGCUUGGAGUCGGAUUCACGCGGAUUCCCUUUGUCAUUGUGGUGGCCCUAUGCACUGCUGUUUCUUGUCUGGCCACUGUCCCUCUUGGAGAGCUAUUCUUCUUUCACAUGAUUUUAAUUAGAAAGGGUAUAACGACAUAUGAGUAUGUAGUUGCAAUGAGAACACAGAGUGAAGCACCUGGACCAUCUGUAGGUGGUGAUCUGCAAAGUCUUCCAUCUUCCCCAACUGGUUCAGCUGUCACUGCUGUUAGUGGAAGAAGCUCUCUUGGAAAGGGCUUGCAAUAUAGAGGUGCUUGGUGUACCCCUCCAAGAAUUUUCAUGGAUAACCAGGAUGAAAUCAUUCCACACUUGGAGCCAGGACGCCUCCCCUCGACAGUUGAUCCAGAUGCUGCACAACCUUCAGACAAGGGGAGAAAGAUGCCCCAACGACCUGUUCGCAUAAGUGCGUGGAAGCUUGCAAAGCUAGACUCUAAGGAGGCAAUCAAAGCAGGUGCUCAAGCGAGAGCGUCUUCGUCUGUUCUACGUCCCGUAAGUUCUCGACAUCAUGCAUAUGAUGCAGACCACUUAUCUAGCAGCAAUAUAAGUGGAAGAAGUAGCCCGGUCAGUUCUGACCUAGGGUUUCACAAUAGAAAUGCUAGAGCAGGGACAUCACGAGCCAAAAGUUCAUAUCCACCGAGUCGGACGAGUAGGGAAGAUACUGAAACCUGUGGUCACAGUCUUAGUAACAUGAGCAGUCCUCACCUCUCUAAUCUUACUACUUCUCCUUUGGACAAUCAAAUUCCGAACCGAGAUCACUUCAACCCGAUGUAUCAGUCAUCAGCAUGCCAGUCUCCAUGGUCGGCCAAACAAAGUGAAGGAAAUGAAAACUCUCUCGGCGGGAAUGUGCCCCAGAAUCCUGGCAGGAAAAACUCCGGUGCAGCUGAGAGCUCUAAAUCUUCAGUGUUUUGGGAUCCAGAAGCAGGGCGGUUCGUAUCAUCGUCCAAAGGUGCCGGCUCGUCGCAGAUACCAGGGGCUGAGCUUCUAUACACUGGUCAAUCCAUAUUCUUCGGCGGCCCUCUUGUGAAUGAACAACCAAACAGAGGAACGGGGAGUGGGAUUGUGGUUGCUAACCGGGAAAGAGGGUCGGCAUCAAAUUAUUAUCAGCAGGGUAGAUCCCAGAGAGGUGGUCAACUACCCGUUUUUCUUCCGAGUGAUCACCAACGGUCGUCUCAGUUCCCUUGACCACUCAGACGAGCACCUUGUUCGAGCGUAGAUUUAGAGCAGACGCAUUAUCUUCGAGUCCACUUCAUUUCCUUGUGCAGGUUUUAGGUGAUUAGUCGGUCUAUGUACUUAAUUGCAUCGAAUGCUUUCUCUCAUCCAUUCUAUUAAAAGCUACAUUUUCCUUUUAAA